GCAUCCGUUCGAGCUGAUGCGCUGGUCGGCCAAGUUUUUCUUCUGUGUCCCCGCCGCGACUGUGUCUUUUUUUUUGGGAAAGCUGUUGCUUUGACCUCCCCCCUCUGUUCCCAGUCGAGUCGCUCUCCUUCUCUCUGACCACACACACACACACACACACACACACACUACUCCCCCUCCCUGUCUCUCGCUCCCUCAGCAUCACUCCGAGCUUCAUCUCCUUGGCUGGGAUCACACAAGAUGCAUCCGUAGACCGAAAAGCGCUCCGUUGGAUUUUCCGAGGAUUUUCCCUGCACCGGGAUGCAGGAGUCGGACAGCGCACGGAGAUGGGAUGAGGGCUGUUAAAUCAACAUGUUGAGGAGGACGGACCGGACCUCGGCGAGGAGAAGUUGAGAAGCGGACACCCCGUCGCCCGUGAUUUCAGCCGCGCGUCUCGAAGCUCUCCAUGUCGUGAACAGCUGCCGCUCCGUUAGGACUCUUUUUUUUGUGGACGUUGUUAUGUGGUCUAAUUGUGCGGUUAUGUAACUCUAAGUGCUUUCCGUGGUAGGAAACACCGAGUCUAUCGGUAUCGCUCAUGCUCCGGUGCAUGCCUGCACGAGAGACGCGCGCGCGCUCGCUCCCUCGCGCCGGUGGUCCGCACCGUGAAUCCGCACCGAAUCCGCACGAUCGUCCCCGCUCUCCCGCGAGAUGGCCGCGGCGAUCGCCAGCUCGCUCAUCCGACAGAAGCGGCAGGCGCGCGAGUCGAACAGCGACCGAGCGGCGUCCGGUAAGCGCCGCUCGAGCCCCGGUAAAGAGCCCUCCGGCCGAGGCUCCCUGUGCGAGCGGCACCUGUUCGGACUCUUCGGUAAAGUCCGCUUCUGCAGCGGGAAGAAACGACCCGUGCGGCGGAAACCAGAGCCUCAGUUGAAGGGGAUAGUGACCAGGCUCUUCAGCGAGCAGGACUUCUACUUGCAGAUGCAGCCGGACGGGACCGUCAGCGGGACCAAAGACGAAAACAGCGACUACACUCUGUUUAACCUGAUCCCCGUGGGCCUGCGGGUCGUGGCCAUACAGGGCGUGAAGGCCGGACUCUACGUGGCCAUGAAUGGAGAGGGUUUCCUUUACUCCUCGGAAGCGUUCACAGCGGAGUGUAAGUUUAAGGAGAGUGUGUUUGAGAAUUAUUACGUGAUCUACUCGUCCACGCUGUACCGGCAGCACGAGAGCGGACGCGCCUGGUUCCUCGGACUCAAUAAAGAAGGAAUCAUCAUGAAGGGAAACCGGGUCAAGAAAACUAAACCGUGUUCACACUUCGUGCCCAGACCCAUUGAAGUGUGUAUGUAUAAGGAGCCGUCGCUGCAUGAUAUUGAUGAGAAGCAACGGUCCAGGAAAAACUCAGGAACUCCCACUAUGGGCACCAGGAAAGAGUUGAACCAGGACUCUACCGAUCAUGAAGGCUCAUAGCCACACACACACACACACACACACACACUGACCUGUAAAUGUAUACACACACAUUUACACAAACACACAUACACACACACACACACGCGGUGACCCCUGGAGCUGAAUGCUUUCUUACACCCGAACAAACAACAGCAACUUCAGCAUCGACAAACAUCAACCGAAACAAAAAUUAACGAAGUAACGUGAAAAAAAAAAAAAAAAAACAUAGUUUAAAAAAAAAGCUGAAUUCUUGCCUGUGAAAAUAUUUUAGGAGUCUCUGAAAAUCAGGACAUGAUUUUACAUUUUAUGCAAAGUCCGGCAAGAGUCUGUUUGCGUCACGUGCUCGUGGAGACGCGUGAGGGUGUUUUCUUUCGGGAGUCUGAGCUUUAAAGCCAUGUUCGAUGAUCACACGUUGAUUUAUGAAUGCCAAAAGCACUUUCACUCACUGCUAUACGUCGCUCACCUCAUUAAUCUUGAAUGUUUAUAUCGAUUGUGUCCUCCGAUCAUCGCUCUGUUUUUUCAUUCUGGGCAGGAGGGGGAGGGGCUUGUGAACACUGCUCUCUGAUUGGCUGGAGGGUUCGGGAACCGCUCUGCUGAUAGGCUCCGACGGAAGCGUCUUCAUCUCAUUCCACUGUCGUGUUCUCCACUUCUGUAGCAUUUUACUCUAAAUCCCUUCUCGUAACGUCCCUCGACGUGUCGUUUUUUUCCCGCCGUUUCCGAAACAGGCUCGCUACUGUACCUUUAAGACUUGUGUAUGUAAAUGAUUGGAGAGCAAUGGUGUCGUUUUUCGGGGGGGCGGGCCGCUAGGUCUCGGCACGUAAAUGUGGGCGGCGAUAUGUUAACGAGCGUACGGUUAUGAUGUCACAACCGAUUUCCGAGCCAGUGAUGGCGCGGGCGAACCUUACGAGCAUCCACAUCGAACUCUUUUAUCUGCAAAGAGCAAGGAAAACAAACUAAGUUUUUUUUCCGUGUUGAAUGUACUCAAAACCGAGCGAAGGGACGGCGGUUUUUCAUUCAGUAAACGAAAGCGUCCGCUCUCAUUUCACCGUACGCCUGUUUUUAAACCGCUCUCUCCGAGAGAUCGGGUUUUUAAUCCUGCCAAAAGCACAGACUGCCCUCGGACUAACUAAACUGGACUAAACCACUUCAAACCAGAGAAUAUACUGCCCCGGUUUUUCGUUCUUUUUUUAAAGCGCGGGCUGUGUUCAGAACGGAGUCCUAGCGUACUGCUUACUGCGCGGUAUAUACUUAAUACUGCCUAACGGUUUUUAAAAAUAGUAGGUGAAACGUUUGCGAUGCUAAAUGUUCCAAACGCUAGUGUACUGCAUUUUUAAAUUUUUUUUCCUCUCACUGUGUUGCAUGUCUAAUUCAGCAGGUGUCUGAAAUAAAUACGGUUGUUUUGCAUGACUGCUCCGAUUUUGCGUGAGGCAUCCGUUGAAACGGUGAGAAAAAGAGUAGUUCGUUUUUUUAUUAAACACUGUAAAUAGGAGGUCGAAUGCAUUGCAUUGUGGGAUAGCGCUCUACUUGAGCUUCGCAAGACUGGCGCUGCCGUUGAGCUAGAUUGAAUUAGCAUCGCUAAAUAAUAACGCUGCUGAAAUUCGUUUCAUAGUUGAUGCAUUCUGCGACAUCGACGCCGUUAUUUUCUCGUUCGUUACUGUGAAGCUGCCUCGAAACGAUCUGUAUUGUAUAAAGCGCUGUAUAACUAAGCCGCUCCGCUUUAGGUAAACGUCUUAGCCUCGCGUAAGAACAUUUGCAUACUGCGCACAGUAUGCGUUUUAUAUACUGCAGAAAUGGUGGGAUUAGUAUGCUGGGAUGAGCUUCUGAACACAGCCGAGUUCCCUGAUCAGUAUGUUUCUGGAGUCCAGGUUCCUUCCCCUUUAAAUGCGAUCGACCCCGUUGGUCGGGUCGGAUCCAUCCACGUAAAGGCCAAUCAGCUGUCGGCUGGGUUUAUGAGAAGUCUUCCAUUAGUGGAGCCGCACCAGCAUCAACGAGGGGGGGAGGGGUCAAAGGUCAGGGUCAGGGUCCCGCUAGCGAUACGAGAGAAAACAAACAAAAAAGUACUACUGAAGAUGUCUGCCUGGUUUUGUGUUUUUUUUUUCUGAUUAUUGCCAUGCUGAAACGAUCUUCUGCUGACUUGGGAAGCUCUUUUGUGUUCGCUGAUGUUCGCACCUUAAUUCUGGACACGUUCAUGUUCAUUACGUAAAGAGUUCUGAAUAAAGCAUUAAACCUGCCACAGGAGGAAAAUAUCAUUUAAAAAUAAAAUAAAAAAAACGAUUAAACUCUG